CUUGUCUUUAGGAUUUCCUUUAUUUUAACUUCAUUUUGCUGCUUUUUCACUUAAAAUAUGGGUCAAAGACCGAGUAACUUAGAUAAGGAGGUGACUCUCCAAAACAUGCAGGGACUCUACCUCAAAUUUGCCACCGAUUGUCCGAGUGGACACCUGCACCUGCACGAAUUCAAGAAAAUAUUCGGAAUAAAUAGCAAAUCCACGAAAGAAGAAUCCGCAUUCAUGGACAAUGUCUUCAGAUCCUUCGACACCAACCAUGACGGUCAUUUGGACUUCAUGGAGUACGUGGCAGCUAUUCAUCUUGUCCUUCGUGGGAAACUAGAAGACAAAUUGAGGUGGUCGUUUAAAGUUUAUGACAGAAAUGGAAACGGCUGCCUGGACAGACAGGAAGUGAGACACAUUGUCACAAUUAUCACCAAGAUAAAGACGUGCGACGAUCCGGACGUCCCCGUGGACGUUGAUGGAAUUUGUGACAGAAUAUUUGACUCGGUGGACAAGAAUAAAGACAGUCAGAUUACUCUGGAGGAGUUCAUGGAGGGGGCUGAGAAGGACCCUUGGGUGUUGCAACAGCUCAAACUGGACAUUGGGCCCUGUGAUUGGUUCAUUGAUCAGAAUGAGAAGAAACCCUGA